CACUUUCUGCAUUAUAGAGGUGGUACUGUUUUUCCUAUAAAAUAAUUCUGUAUUUUCUGUCAGGAUUUUUUACAAAUUGUUUUGAUAGGGGGUUAAUUAAAAUUUUCUUCAAAGUUUUGUUUGAAAUUUUUAGUUUAAAAAUCGCCAAUUGUUUUUUUACCUAUAUUGUUCUUAAGAAAACAAAAUGGCUGGUUCGAAGCGUAAAUUUUUUUAUCAGGUGUAAUUUUAUUGAAGAAAUGUCAACGAGACGAAUGGAAAAGAAACAGUAAAAUCUUAAUAUACAUAUUAGUAAAUAAGCAGAAUUUGAAUUGAGAAUUAAAUAUUUAAAUAUUCCAUUUACAUAAACAAUGAAAAAAAAUGACAGAAAACAAAGUUAUAAAAAAUAUUGUAAAUUCGGCUCUCUCAACUUGUGAAAAAAAUCGCAUGGAAACUAAUUUGAUCAUUAAAAAAGUUGAAACCAAAAUAGCGGAAAAGUCGGAAGAUAAUGGCUUACUAAAGCAAAAAACUAAGGGAAAGACAAGUAUAAAACAUGUCAAUUCAAAUAUAGGGGGACGACUUCAAUUUUUUAAAGAUGGAAAAUUUAUAUUUGAAUUAGCUAGGUCAAGCAAAGGGGAAAAGUCAGGUUGGGUUCCAGUUGCCAAAAAUCUUCUGGGUAAUACGCAUGUUCAAUACAAAAGCUAUGGAAAUUGUUUGUCCCAAUCAUUUAUUUGGCAACGCAAUCAAAAAUGGAAGCAGCAAAAUCCACAAAAAUACAACCACUCCAAUUUAGAAAUAUUCUUUAAAAGAACUGAAAAUUUCAUGUUGUCUGCUGACGGGGAAAGGUUGUCAUUAAAGAAGAGAAGGCAGCCCUUAAAUGAAAUAAUAUGCGACAAACCGUUUAAAAGCAGUUAUCAGUGUAAGGAAAUCCAAAAUUCAAUAACAGGCACUAAACUAAAAAGAAAAAGUUUAUCUAGAGUAAUUCAAGGGCUACUUAAAAAAGCUAUUCCCGAAAAUAAUGAAAGCCCCGGGCAGAAUAUUUCGAAUCAUUUGUACAACUCAAAAAUAAAAGAAUUUCAGAAUCGACAUCAUAUCUCACCUCGCAAGAGAAUACUUAGAGAAUUGGAAAAGGUAUCGCUUGAAGAUGUCUCAAAGAGAUCCCGUGCUAAAGAAAUAAUUUCUUUUCAAAUCGAUACUGUGGUUAAUGAAUGUAUACAAUCGCAUUCUUUUCAAAAAAGUGAAAGGAAUGGGUUUUAUCAACAAAAUGAAUCAAAUGGACAGAAUUUUCGAAAUUCGUCAAUUUUGCACAGUAAUUACAGUAUUAAUUCCUUGUUAGGAAAUGGUAAGAAGCAAAUUACUAAUUGUCGAUCUAUGCAAAAUUCUAAUAGUAACCUUAAAAAAGUCUCAAUAAAACCAAUUGAAUUGACCUGCUCUGCCUUAAAAAAAAAUAAAAAAAACCUAGUUAGGGAGGAAAACAGCGCAAAUGAUAAUCAUUUAGAAGAAAUGGAUUCAGAAAAGUUUAAUCGAAUCGUCAGUAAAACUAGAUCAAAUAAAGAAGAUUUAGAUAUUACGACGAAGUCCCCGCUUAAUUAUUCAAAAUAUUUCAAUAUGGAUAAUAUUACAACAAACUUUCAAACUGAUAUGUCAAAACAAAAUUUUUAUCGGCCAUUCUCUUCAAUUUUUUGCCAAGGACAACCCCCUCCUAAUAUCUACGCAAACGGUUUACAAAGUACAUUCGAUUCCAGAUCAUCCCUUGAAAACUCAGAACAUAAAACCAACCGGAUUAAAAAAUACUCUAAUUUGAUAAAAGAGGUUGAAGAGACCCACAAGACAUCAGCGCAAGCAAUUAGCAGCGCACAGAAGUUUGAUACAAUUUCAGCACCUGCAAUGUUAAGAAAGUACUCUCAAAAUGAAUCAAUCGGAAUUUCUGCUCCAUUAUACGUGCCUCACAUGUCAUACUAUCAUCCUUAUGCAACAGCAGCAAUGCGGCACCAGUUAUGGACGCACUACAAUAAAGAAGUUGUUCCAAAUCCAAUAGAAAGGUUGUCGCCUUCAAUAUUUUGUUUGAAUGGAAUUAGUUCCUAUAGUUCACUUGAUUCAGUACCCGUUUUGCAAUCUAAGCAGUGCGAAGAGAGAAUGUCUCCAAUUAAAAGUUCGAAUCUAUCAGAUGUACCUAUUUCUCUUUGUGUGAAAGACAUCAAACAGGAAUGUAGUACAGAUGCUCCAUUAAACUUAUCAAAACACUAAGCAAUAACACUCAUCCUCUAAGGGAAGAAGCUUGAAAAGUCUGAAUAGAUUUGGAUUUUUGUAUUUGAAUUAUAUAAUUGCAACAAUUCAAAAUUCGAUUUAUUGGAUUUGUUGUGACGAUGUACCUGUAUGAUGCGCACUUAGUUUGGAAUUGUAUUUUUUAAUGUUCUUUUACAUAUAAACAUUCAAAGGAAGUUCAUAAUUUUUAAAAAUUAUGAAAAAUACAAAUAAAUAAAAAAUACAAAAAUGUAGGAUUAAUUACGAUUUUUCUAGGGAAAGAUUUUUAAAAUUGUGAAACAUAUACUUAGAAAUAGAACUAUGUAUAGAGAAUAACUUACGUUUUCU